AUGACGAUUCAACCGGUCGUUGACGCUCACGUUCAUUUUUGGCACCCAGAUGAAGUGUAUAUACCCUGGAUAUCAGGUACCGAGCAUAAGGACGCCAAGGAAUAUGCCCAGGAAGCGAAAAGAGUGGGUGUUCAUUAUGUUAUCUAUGUUGAAACAAAUGUGGAUUCACAUCAUGGAUUAGUGGAAGCUGAAUGGAUCAAUCGCUAUGCAGACAGUUUAACAGCCAGUGCUACUUUUGGGGGAAUCGGCGGGAUUGUUGCGUUUGCACCUGUACAUCAGGGUAGGCAUGUGAGCUCGUACUUGCGUACACUAAUACGACUCGUUGGAACAAAGCUGAAGGGAGUGAGGUAUUUGAUCCAAGACUCGUCAGGUGAUCCCAAAAGAGUGUGUCAUCCUGAUUUUGUUCAAGGUGUACAAAUACUCGGACAGCACAAUCUGAGUUUUGAUUUAACCAUCAACUGUAAUGACUGUCCAGAACAGUUUCCACCACUGAAAGAGUUAGUGGGUCAAUGCCCACUUGUUCAAUUUGUGCUUGAUCACAUGGCUAAACCUCCAUGUGAUAGUCAACCGGGAGAAGCAGCGUUUGAAUUUUGGAAGUCUGAAAUGGAAGCAUUGGCUCGCUAUGAGAAUGUGUGUUGCAAAUUAUCUGGCUUGCUAACGGAGUUGAAGAAGGAGCAUAAGCGAAGUAAAGCAGCAAUGACCAAGCAACUGACACCAUUUAUUCAAGUUGCUCGAGAUUGCUUUGGCCCAGAUAGACUUAUGUUUGGAAGUGAUUGGCCCAUGUGUACCUUGGCUGCGUCUUGGCAAGAAUGGUUUGAGGUCCUGAGCGACAUCGUAGAUCAUUGGACAAAUGAAGAUAAGCAAAAACUGUUUGUUACGAACGCAGUACGUAUUUACAGAUUACAAUCGCCGACUGUGUAA